CUGCGGGCGGGGCGGGGCUGGGCGAGAGGGGCAGCGGUUUGCGUUCAGGGGGAUGAGGAGGAGGGCGGCGGUUCGCGUUGUGGCGUUCGGUGCUGCGAGCACGGGGGCAUAAAUAGAUCGAGUGAUUCACCUAGGGAUGACUGACAUGGCUAAAACUAGUUUUUAGGGCUUAGCGGCUCUGAAACGAUGGUGAGUUCUCUGUUUUCCAAUCCCUGACAGAGAAAAGGCUAUUUAUUUUUAAUGAGGUCUGAUAAAUUAAUAUCGGAAAUCACAUCUAUAAGCAGGAACGUGCCUUGGAGAGCGAAGCCACGCUUGCUGAUAGAGAUGGGUUUCCUGGAAUUUGGGGUGGUGAAUUCCAUGCUUUCUCACAGGAAUACCAAGAGCUAUUUCUGACAUUUAUUGUAAAUUUGAAAGCAUCUACAGAAAUGUUACAACAUUAGAGAUUUUCAUGUUCACCGUACAAGCUAUCGUUGCAGAAACGGCUGUUUUUCACUGGGAAAAUAUCUUUUGUGUGCAACGGAGGUGGGAACCGGGUGGCUGAGCAGCACAGCGACAAAGCACAAGGAUCUGAAAAUGCAAAAGACUGCGGAGCACUGAGCUGUGCCCAUGCGGCUGCAGUGCGUUGUGCUGCGCUUUCCCCCAUUGGGAUGGAUGGCAAGGCACCGCACAGCAGGGAGUGCGCGCUGCGGGCACGCGCUGUGCUGCGCUGGUGGGCUGCAUGCAGGGGGUGGGCGCAGAUUUCAGCCCCUGUGUUGCAUUCACGUGUGGGUUCUGCUCAGACAUCACUGAUACUUCACGUGGAAACAAAACUAAUAUUUAACGUAACACAGCCAGGGCAGCUGAGAAAAAGACACGAUGUGUACCGCCCCGCUCACAUCUCUUCAAGAGAAAUUUUCGUUUAAAUUUUUUGAAAUUACCUCUUUCAUGUCGUUUCACAUUUCUCUUUAGCAGUUGUCCGCAGAGAGAAAAAUGGCAGCUUCUCCCCAUUGGCCAGCUGGCUGCCAUGGAUGGCGGCCUUCUGAUGCUGGCUGCCCAGGGAAGCUGGCUGAGAAAACCUCUCUCCCUUUACAUCACCCGUGGUUUCACAUUUACCUCAGCUGUUGGUACUGGGGAAGAUGCUGAGAGCCUUUGGGAUGGGUGUUACUGCCUUAUGUUUGCUGGUUUUUUUCUUUCCUUAAAGUGAUCUUGAAUAAAUCUUGCAGGAAGAAUGCAGACAGCAAAAGUUGAGAGGUCGCCCCUUUGGCUCUACCUGGCUUGGCAGGUCUGUGUAAUAGCGGGGGACUUCCAACCUAGACCUCACUACAUUGUUCAGGAGUGAUUCUGCAUGAUGUGGACAGCUAUACGCGCCUGCAGAUGACUGUAGGGAUAACAGUACUGAUCAUACUGAAUUGCUGCAAAGACUCUUGUCUGUAUGGUUUUAUCGGUAUUGCCAUCAUACUUGGCUCAUUGCACAAAUACAUGAACUCUUUUUGGCAGAGAGCAGAAAUGGGUCAAGGUGUCUGCUGACAGCCGUUAAGGGAAGGGGUCUCUAAGGAUAUACUAUUUUUAUCCUCUUUCUAUUAGCAAAACUGAUAGACGUGGUUUUAUUUUCAAAUAGCUGCAACCAGUCCAUCCCUGAACAGGCAGGCUGCUGCUACCACACUGCAGUCAGACCAAGGAGCACAGGGAGAAGGGGCCAUUUGUGCUCCUGUUCUAUUUCUGGUCACCUGUAAUUUUCUAAUGUGGAUAAAUGAAGUAUUUAAAAACAUGAACAUAAGCAAAACUACCUGGGACAAGCUUCAAGUGCUAUAAGGAUGUAUCUUGUUGGCGGCCUUACUAUUUCUGAUCAUGUUUUAUUAUGCACACAAUCAGUGUGAGAUUGGAAACUCAGGGAUGUAUUAAAACUAGAACAAGAUUUGGAAUUGUAUCCUAGUUGCUUGCCAGGAGAUUAAGAAACGUGGACAGUCCCAUCAGUUUAGUAAACUAAUCAAGCCUAUGAAACAGCACCGAAGUGUUGCUUUUGUUACCUGAAAGCAGUGGCUGUCUGUGGUGACAACUAGAGUAAAAUGCAAUUCACACUCAUGGAGAAAGAACUCCCUGAAAAAGCAAUUUGGUUUUGGAUAAUAACAGUUAUAGUCCACAUCUCUGGAAAUAACAGUUUCUUUGAAAGUAAAUUGAUUUGCAGUUUACCAGGGAAGAAGACUAACCAUUGAAUGGGGUUGGGACGAGAAGAACUUUACCCAAUGAGUAGGACUUUACCCAAAGGAAGAAAUUAAUUCUAUAGUCCUUUUUUUGUCUUAAAGCACCACAGAAUUUGAGCUAGAAUCGGGUGAAGGAUCAUGGCUGAAAUAAUCAGAAGACAGCAGUACACUCAGUAAAGAGCAGCGCAGUCAUGGCAGGCUCGCCAGGCUGGCUUUGAGGAGCAGGAGGGCACAGCACAAAAUGCAGGCCCAGGUGAGAACUGCCCAGAUUUCUGGAGUGACAGAGAAACAGGAUUUUAGCUGAGAUCUCCGUCAAGCUGUGGACAAACAAGGCCGGGAGCGGUGUUCAGGUUCUCCCGAUGGUUGGAGACGUUCACAAGCUGUUGCCUCAGGGUUCUUUAAAAGUCCUGCUUUUGGGUGAGUGAAUGGUUGGGGCUCAUUAAUGAUAUUUCACUCAUUCAUUCAAACUCUGCGUUGCCUGAAGACCUGGAAGUCUUUCUCUUGCCACGAACCCUCCACGUUUAGGAAAUGACUUGUCUAGGCUGCCUGGGGCGUUACAUUCGAGGAGAGCGUCUACUUUCAAUGUAAUGUGCCAUUUUUGGUAGAAUUUUCAACCAAGAAAAAGAUGCUCACUUGUACAUUCAGACUAACAAGUAAGGAUAGUUCUGUGGUGGUUUACGUACUGUGUAAUGAGCAAGGUGCACUGCUAAUCGUGGAUUAAUCUCAGAAGUGCCAAAGACGACCCCUGUUUAAUGAGGUUAAAGGGCUUGGCAGAGACCACACGGCACGGCUGAAGCUGCCGCCUGCAUUGCCCACCCUGGGCCGAGUCCUCGGCUGUAGCCGCCUGGCAGCCUUCCAGCACGGCUAGAAAUAGGUGCUGGAUUGCUGCCUUUACCCGAGUGUUGCCUGUUCCUGGGGAUCUUUUCUGUUUCUAAACGCUGUUGUGCCUUAGUGGGGAUUACAGCGUUAGGGGUUGUAACAGCAGUGUGAAAUAUCUGAAAAGGAAAGGUGAGUUGAAACAACGGAACGUAACCGGAAUAUUCAUUUGCUUUCAGGAAGAGCCCAGGAGCAGAGCCCAGGAGCAGAGCCCAGGAGCAGAGCCCAGGAGCAGAGCCCAGGAGCAGAGCCCAGGAGCAGAGCCCAGGAGCAGAGCCCAGGACAUCCCCGCUCGCUCCAGCAGCAAACACAGGACGGGCACGCGCUCCGUUCCGGCAGCAGACGCGCGUGGCACGGGAGCAGCACUUUGCGGGCGGCCGCGGGCGGACCCGAAGCGCCGAGCGCCCCCUGCUGGCGGGAGGCCGCGCCGUCGCCAUGGCAACCGCGCGGACUGGAGCGGCCCCGAGGGCGGCUCGGGGCUAAGCCGGGCUGGGCGGCCGCGGCAGCGCCAGAGCCGGGCCGGGCUGCCAGCAGUUACUUUCGUAGCGUUGUGCCCGUCGUGCAGAUCGACCUUCAGACGUGGCUGAUUUGCACAGCUCUCCAGGUAAGAACUUCAGAUCUGAUGAUUGCAGCAGAACACUGGACCCGGGGCUGGGGCUGCGCUCUCUGCUGAGCCCGUGACGGCGGCUGCUGCCCCUCGCCAGGACCAUGGCUUCCAUCUCAGAGCGCACCUUCAUCGCCAUCAAGCCCGACGGCGUGCAGCGCGGGCUGGUGGGAGAGAUCAUCAGGCGCUUCGAGCAGAAGGGCUUCAAGCUGGUGGCCAUGAAGCUGACACACGCCUCUGAGGACCUUCUGAGGGAGCACUACAUCGACCUCAAGGAGCGCCCCUUCUAUGACGGCCUGGUGCAGUACAUGCACUCCGGACCUGUUGUAGCUAUGGUGUGGGAGGGUCUUAAUGUGAUUAAGACUGGAAGAGUGAUGCUGGGGGAAACUAAUCCCGUGGAUUCCAAGCCCGGCACUAUUCGUGGCGACCUCUGUGUUCAAGUGGGGAGGAACAUCAUUCAUGGAAGUGAUUCUUUAGAGAGUGCUGAGGCAGAGAUCAAUCUGUGGUUCACUCCUGAAGAACUGGUUGAUUACAGGAGCUGUGCUCACGAGUGGAUCUACGAGUAGCAGCGGGGCUGCACCUCUGCUGUCCUCGCUGUCCUCUAGUUAGCUCAGAGUCCUUCACAUCACUCCUGGAAACCCGCUUCAGAAGUCUGUGAAUGUUGAUCCGUGGUUGCUGUUGCUUUGGUUAGAAAGCUGCCAAGCUGUAGAUAGGAAUGUGCUUUUACAAACUUCUCAGGUGUUUGCGUGGGUGGUAGAGGUGAAACCGGAACGCGGAGAAGCAAAGCAUUCCGUGUUCAUAACCCAGAACAGGGCUCACCGCGUGCCCUGCAGUCAGCGGGGCGCUUUGCAGCGAGGCGCCGGGAGCAGGUGCAGGCGUGGCGGUGCCAGGUGCUGUGUUGGAGGUGGGCAGCCCGGUGCUGCUGCGUGGCGUAGCGCUGUGCUCGGAUGGGUGCGGACAGCGCUCGUACCCAAAGCAGCGGCAGGAAAAGAAGCUCCCGUAUUUCUCUUUCCAGCGUGUCCCGUGCCCGCUCGCAGAGCUUGAUGAGAUGAUAGCUUGUCUCUAGGUGGACGUGGUUUCAAUGUUUUUUUUCUGCGCAGGAUUUAUGUAGCGUUUUGAGAACGGAUUAUAGGCCAGGCUUUUUUUGAAAUGCCCAUUUUCUGUGAAAAGAAGAUUUAAUGCCAGAGCGGAUGAGCGUGAUCCAUGAUCCACGUGGAGCCACAGCGCGCGGCCCGGUGCCGCUGCACGGAGGAUGGAGGCCGGUGUGCUGCCCAGGCCCUGCUCACCCCAGCUGUGAUGAAGGCCGCGUGGCUCCGUCUGUAGCAGCUGCACAUCCAGUGCAAACUGCUUUUGGAGGAGGUAUUUCAGAAGUGACACCAGCAAUUUUUUUUUUAUUUAAUGAGGUCAAGAAAUCCGUUCACAAUAAUUCUGAGCACCUGGCAGGAGGGGCGGCUGCUCCUAUCGCUGAGAAGCAUCAGCCUCCUGCAGUCACACAACAGUCACUGACUGCAAGGGAGCGAGGAACAAGCGUGUUGGGACCCGUGUCAUUUCUCAGUUAUCAAUAAAUCCGUUUAUUUACUCGCA